UUGAAUUAUUGAAAAGUUGUCGCUCACUUCCCACCAUAAAAUCGCUGCUAACUUCCAAACACUCUUGGCCCCAGUGCCCAACUGCCCGCUCGAAAUUAGCACGACAACUUGACCGGUUGAGCACCUCCAUUUUCCUUCUAUGCCCUGCGCUCUGUGCUCGCCACGCGUUUUUCCACACGUUCUGCACCUCCGCCGCAAACCAUUACCGGACCACCGGAGACCUCCUAACGCUGCCGCACAUAUCAAUGGAAUUCUUCUUUGGGCCACUGAAGGAAAAGAAUGCUGGUUGCUCCCUCAGUGAGCAGAACAUUCAAAAAUGCCCAUUCUUGAGGAACAUUGAUAAACCAACGAACUUUUCCUUCGUCUCUUCUCUGAAUUUCCCUCUUCCAGAAAAGGGAAAAAAAGGUCCGAUUUUUGAAGAUGGCCCCAACUUUGAUUUGGCCUUUAAGUUCUUCCAUGGAAAAGAUGGAGUUGUUCCACUGUCUGGAAGAUCUGAAUGUCUAAAAGACCACCUUGAAGCUGAUCCGACUCCUUGUUUUAAUCCUUUAGCUGCAAAAGCGGCCACAAUAAGCUUGUCAGCAUUUGGACCAGGAGGCCCUUUUGGUUUUAAUCAUUUUUCUGAGAAGUGGAAGUUGCAGAAAAAGAAGUCUGACUCUAAGAAGAGAGAGUCUAAACCUAAGGGUGAUUCAUCCAAACACGAGGCAAUGGGAAAUGAGUGGUUGGAAACAGGGAACUGCCCUCUUGCUAAAUCUUACAGAGCUGUGAGCCAUGUCCUCCCACUUAUUGCAACUGCUCUUCAACCGCCUGCAGGAAUGAAGCUUAAAUGUCCACCUGCAGUAGUUGCAGCGAGAGCUGCCCUUGCAAAGACCGCCCUGGUUAAGAACCUGCGACCACAGCCGUUAUCUUCAAAGAUGCUUGCCAUUGGAGCCUUGGGUAUGGCUGCUAACAUUCCACUGGGAGUAUGGAGAGAGCACACGAAGAAGUUUUCACCAUCGUGGUUUGUGGCCGUCCAUGCUGCUGUCCCGUUCAUAGCCAUGCUGAGGAAGUCCGUUGUGAUGCCCAAGACCGCUAUGGCCCUAACUAUUGCUGCUUCUAUAUUGGGGCAGGUGAUUGGCUCAAGGGCAGAGCGACUCCGACUGAAAGCAAAAGCCGAACAGUCUUCUCCUCCCGCUCCCACCAGUGUUGUUGCAGGUUCUAACCUGUUUUCAUUCGACGCUGACAAGCCGUCCCUCUCUCCAGCCAAUGUGUGUUUCUAGAGGAACAUGACACAUUGAAGGUAUUGUAAAUCCGUAAUGCAAGGAUUCAGACAGUGAGAAUAAUGGAUGCAAGUUAAGGUGUUUAUAUCAAUAUGAUGGUGUUGUGUUGUGUGCAAACACUUAAUGGCUCUCAUGCAUACAAUUGCAUAUAUAUAAAUAUUGUGGUUAUGUUAGCUAGAUUGGUAAUCUUCUGCACAUCUUUGUAUUCAAUUAUUGUGCUGACUUCGCUCAAAUACAGGUUUAGAGUUUUGACUAGCUAAAUUGUUCAAGUUGUAUCAAUACUCCAUUUGAGCCUAAAUGUGUGAUAUAAAUGUUCACUUCUCUAUUUACAUAACAAA